UUGAUUGGGUCUAUCUGACAGCGGUGAAGUUCAGAGUCGUUGUGGCGUCGCACCGAACGAGAAUGGUAUUUUUCAGCUGCCGCAUGUAUUGGAAUGUACCAGUCAUGUUCCACGUUCUUUUGGGGGUUUUCUAGUUAAAUAUACACAUGCAAAUGAAGGAAGAAGAUAAUAUACCGGGCACCGUCAUGGAGCGAAAAAAAGGUGGUGUCGAAGAUAGCAGGGGUUGUAUGGACACACUGGUCUACGAAGCGGGAUCUAACCAAGCUGCAGGUCGUGGCGACCGCAAUGGUACAGGAAACCGUGUCGGAACAGGGAUACGCGUUCUAAAGCGGAACAUGAAGAGGAAUGGGAGCAGAGGCUGUGUUACUAGGAAGACCCGCUUUGGAUCGCGGGAGCGGGACUGGCUGAAGGGGGAUGCCCAGCGGGGCUGUGUGUGUCUGUACGGGGGAACAGUUGACCCCCAGCCCCCAGCCUCGGGCCCACAGGCCUCCUCCACCCUCCAGGCAGACCUGCGGCUGGUGCUAUGCUCCACCACUACCACGGUGGAGGAGCUGUGUGCCCAGAGAGAAGUAGAGGGACUAUACCUGCAGCUCCAUGGAGACCUGCUCAGGAGGCUGGACCCCUCUGAGUGCCCUCUCCAGAUGGUGUAUGACUACCUGGCUGCUAUAGGCUACCAGGACCCUCUGCGGGUUCAGAGAGAGGCGGCCAACUCGGACCUCAGCUGCAUGAUCCGCUUCUACAGUGAGUGUCCAAUGAACGCGGACCAGCAGGAGCGAACCCUGCUGACGGGCGUGUUCAGCGUCAGGAAGGGGAAGACCCAGCUGCACAAGUGGGCAGAGCGCCAGGUCCUCCUGUGUGGCACCUGUCUGAUUGUGGCCUCUGUCAAAGACAGCCUGACGGGGAAGAUGCACAUCCUGCCCCUGGUGGGGGGAAAGGUGGAGGAGGUGAAGAGGAGACAGCACUGUCUGAUGUUCAGCUCAGCCGGACCGCAGGCCCAGACAUACUUUGUUAACUUCGACACACUGGCAGACUAUCAGAGGUGGCAUCGGCAGGCUUCAAAGGUAGUUUCUCAGACCAUCAGCCUGGUGGAUCUGUCAUGCUACAGUCUGGAGGAGGUGCCAGAGUACCUGUUCUACAGCCAGGACCUCACCCAUCUCAACCUCCGACACAACUUCAUGUCCCUGCAGGGCCCCGGAGGACUGCUCAAUCUCCCCAGGUUUUCCCAGCUGAAGAGCCUGAACCUUGCACAUAACCGCCUGGGAGUGUUUCCAGAGUCUGUCUGUGAGAUCCUCACCCUGACAGAGCUCAACCUCUCCUGUAACGGCAUGAACACUGUCCCUGCACAGAUAGGCAACCUCCAGAGUCUGCAGACCCUGUCUCUGGAUGGGAAUCAGUUGAACUUCCUUCCCGAAGAGCUUGGCGGUCUAGCUCAGCUCAGCAGCCUGGGGCUUUCCUUCAACAACUUCCCCCACAUCCCUGGUGUGCUGGAUAGGCUGAGUGGCAUGGACAGGCUAGCCAUGGCUGGGAACAGGGUGGAGACCCUGGAGCUGGGGAUCCUUGCCAGAAUGAGCCACCUCAAGAACAUCGACCUGCGGCUGAACGGUCUGCGCUGGGUGAAGAGUGAGGCCCUGGAGGCAGUGAAGCAGGUGACCCAGAUAGACCUGAGGGACAACCACUUGGCCACCCUGGACCUGAGCUCCAUCUGCAGCCUGGAAAUCCUGCACUGUCAAAGAAACCAGCUGAGGGUGCUAACGCUGAGUGGCUUCACCCUGCGCACGCUCCAUGCCAGCAGCAACCGCCUGACCACAGUCAACAUCUACCCUGUACCCAACCAGCUGACACAGAUGGACUUAUCACGGAACCUGCUGGAGUACCUUCCAGACUGGGUGUGUGACAGUAGAAAGGUGGAGGUGCUGGACGUUACACACAACUUCCUGUCUGAACUACCAGCCAGACUACUCAGCAGCCUGAGUCUGAGGAAGCUGCUGGCUGGGAACAAUAGGCUCCAGAGACUGCCUGACCUACUUGACCACGUCCCCCUGGAAGUACUCGACCUCCAGCACAACAAGCUAGGCGAGCUCCCGGAGAGCCUCUUCUACAAGGCCUUAAACCUAAAGUACCUGAACGUGUCAGCCAAUGCCCUGGAGAUAAUUCCCCCCAGCAGCCAAUCAGAGGAGAGCCUCAGCACUCUCCAGGAACUGUACCUGACGGGGAACAAACUGAAUGAGAACUGCGCUGCCCUGCUCGUGGGACACCAGAACCUCAGAGUCCUGCACAUGGCCUACAACCAGCUGCUCUCUUUCCCUGCCAGUAAACUGAGUAAACUGGAGCUGCUAGAGGAGUUGAAUCUGAGUGGCAACAAGCUGAAGACCAUCCCCUCCACUGUUUCCAGCUGUAAGAGGCUACACACCCUCAUAGCACACUCCAACCACAUCAGUGUGUUCCCUGAGAUCCUCAACCUGCCAGAGAUCAAGCUGGUGGACUUGAGCUGUAAUGAGCUGACUGAGAUCCUACUGCCAGACUCUCUGACGGCCACCCUGCACGAACUGGACCUGACUGGCAACAGCAGCCUCUUGCUGGAGCACAAAACACUCAACCUGUUCAGUCAUAUCACCACCCUGAAGCUGGACCAGAAGCCAGCCAUGACGGCCGGGGACUCCCUGGGCUCCUCCGCCCUGUGGAACCACGGCUACUCUGAGAUGAGCGGACAGAGGAACAAGUUGUGUGUGUCUGUGCUGACAGUGGACCGCUUUGGGGAUAGUGUUGAGGCGGCCUAUGGCGUCUUCGACGGAGACCGCAAUGAGGAAGUUCCUCGUCUGCUGCAGUGUACCAUGGGAGAUGUGCUGUCGGAGGAGCUGCUGCAUUCCAGUGUAGACAGUGUGUACAUGAGUAACACCUUCCUCACCUCACACAGGAAACUGGGCAUGGCUGGUCAGAAGCUGGGUGCAUCUGCCCUGCUCUGCUACAUCCACCACGAGCUGUCGGAGCUGGGUAGCUACUUCAGCCUGACGGUGGCCAACGUGGGCAGCUGCCAGGCGGUGCUGUGUCGAGGUGGCCAGCCUCUGCCACUUUCCAAGGUCUUCAGCCUGGAGCAGAGCACUGAAGAGAUGGACAGGGUCAAACUCAGCAAGGCGAUCAUCACUGAGGAUAACAAGGUGAGUGGAGUGACAUGCUGCUCUCGCCUGUUGGGAUGCUCUUAUCUGUCUCCCUGGGUGCUGCCCAAGCCAUGGGUGCACACCGAGCCCCUGUGUUCCCAAGAUGACUUCCUGAUCCUGGGGAACCGGGCGCUGUUUGAGAAGGUGUCCUACCAGGAGGCCGUGUGCACCGUGCAGACCGUGAGGGACCCCCGCGCGGCUGCCAAGAAGCUCUGCACGCUGGCCCAGAGCUACGGCUGCCGGGACAAUGUGGGGGCGGUGGUGGUGUCCCUGCACAUCGGAGAGGACAGCUGUACCUGUGAGACCCCUCACGCUAAUACUGGUACAGAUCCCCGUGGACCCCCUCCAACACCCCUCCCCGUCACUGCUCCCCCAGGGGACCCGGCCACGCCCUCCUCCAGCAGUGGCAUUGCCUCAGAGUUCAACAGCGAGACUUCGGCCUCGGAGGUGGGGAGUGAGGCGGGCUCCACGGCCUCUGACGAGCACCCCUCUGGCCCCACGGUCCGACCUGAGAGGCGCUGUAGCCUCCACCCUGCAGCCACGCUCUGUGCCCCUGCGGGACCUGGCUCAGCUGGGGUAGGGGGGCCCCACCAAGUCCUGUUCCAGCGCCAGCCCUCCUGUACCACCUUCUCCAGUAACCAGUCUGACAAUGGGCUGGACAGUGAUGAUGAGGCUCCACUAGAAGGGGUUAUCUCCAACGGGAGCAAGCUGGAGGUGGAGGUGGACAUCCACUGCUGUGCUUUCCAGAUCCGUUCUGGGCCAGUCGCGAGCCCAAAGGACCACAACCUGGACAAGACACGCUCAGACUACCCCAACGGAAAGAUGCGUCGUCAGAACAGUGUGGUGGUGUCAGCCACUAACGGCUGCCUGCUGGCCGUGUGUGGCAGGGAGAUCUCCGACCUGAAGAAGUCCCCCUCCACCUCCAGCCUCUUUGGGAAGAAGCUCUCCAACGGCUCCGUGGUGGCCCCGGAAGAUAGCCACAACCUCAUCGAGGUAGCCGUGGAGGCCCCUAAGAAGAAGUCGGGUUACUUCACUGCCCCUGCCCAGCAGGACCCCGAGGACCAGCUGGUAGUGCCUCCCAGUCUAGAGCAGGAUGUUAGGGAACAGCUGAGGGGCCAGAGCCCUAUGGUCCCUGGACCUCCACCUCCUUUCACACCCCCCUCCAUCAGAGACCCUGUGUGGGACCACCCCCACCCCCCUGCUCCCAUGCUGCCCCAGCGGGACCUCGCCCCCAACCCUAUCCCUGGCCUACAGCAGGAAGUCUAUGAUACUGCCCUCUAGAGGGGGCCAGAGCACAGUGCAACCCUGUGGUAGUCCUGUGACAGUGCCAUACCAGGGGGGCAGAGGAGGUCUCUCUGGCACAGGUGGGAUAUUCCAGUUCAAUUUUCCAUUCAGCUCUGUCAUGAAGACAUGUGGGGCCUUGACUGUUCACACAUGAAUGCGUUACGUCACGUUAGAAAGGUGCUUAGCUAACUGUCUGAUGAACCUGGUGGAACUGUCUGAGUAUCAGAGCUGAACAGGCACUGAAAUCACCACCCAUGAAGAGGUUGUGAAAAGGGGGCCACCGGAGGCCAAAAUACCCCAGCCUGAACUAGAAUACCUCAUGCGUUUUAGACUGCAGAACUUGUUUGCAACAUUUCCCUUUACUUGGAAGGAAGGUCAAGUAAUGAAACAGUAGAAGAAUCCCUUUGAGUGUGUUAUCAUUCCAUUGCUGGGGGCUGCAGGGGCUCCUAGAUCCCAGGGACAAGUCCUGCGACCAAAAGGUGAAAAAGUGCCUACUGUAGAUGACUCAGCCCCAGAUGUCCCUGCCUCCCUGCCUGUGUGUGUGUGUGUAUGGAGGGGAGGGGGGUUGGGGUGGGGACAUCAGUAUUAACCCUGGAGGAGGACAUCACUGUGUGACAGCAUCCUCCAGGGGCCACCAAUGGUACAGCCACUUCUCUCUAUAUAUAUAUCUCUCUAUCUCGCUCUCGCUCUCUUGCGCUUGCUCUCGCUAUCUGACUGCACAAUGGCAGCCGACAUGGCUGUCAGGACUGGAAACUGGGCUGACUGGCCUUACUCUGUGGUACAAGGAUUCAGACUGUGUAUGCUAGAGGCAAGUAAGAACAUAACAGCAGAUGAUAAAAAACUAACAGAAUUUUCAUUUACUAAAAAAAACUAAGAUGUGACCCUUUCUAUCUGCACCAUAAUCCUCUAUAUGGGAAAUACAGUUAGUAUCUAUAUACAAAUUUAGUCUGAGCAGUGUCGUGCAGAACCACAUAGUGGUGUAAUCACAAGGCCUGCUUGGCCUAGUCCCAGCAUCAGGAAGCGUAUCCAUUUGGAAACCAUUGAAGCCUUGCUGGGAGGAAUAAUACAGAAAAUAACAUUCAAAAAUAGCAUCAAGCUCUCAUAAAAAGGCAAAAUCAAAAUAACAUGACAGUGCAUUGCUCACCUGUACAGAACCAAUAUGGGAUACUGCUUCAAAACCCUUAUUGUAACACUGUAUCGGUGACAGUGCAUGGUCAGAAAAUUAACAGAAAAAGUUAUAUUAUGUUUUAUGGGCAACAUGAGUGGUGACGACAAAGGCAAAACAAUCGUUUACAGUGUUCAUAUCUCAGACGCGACAAUGCACAAUAGAUACUGUACAGUAAUCAUUACAUACGAUGGGUGAAAAAACAUGUUCUUCACAUAUAGAGUGCCAUCAUUUAAGGAGUCCAGAUACUGUGAGGUGUGUAGCCCCUUUUUUCUUUAGUUUUUCUAGUUUCAUGUUUGUUGUACCCAGGAAAUUGUGCAAAAUCUCUGCAGCGACCAACAUAUCGAAAGUGUUUUUUUUAAGGUUUGAGAAUCAUUCUGUUCCCAUAAUUCCAUUAGCUUCACAGUCGACUGAACAAAGUAUCCAUGUUUAGUGUACUAAAAUGAGGAUGUAACAUGGUAUAUUAUUUUACAUGUAUAUUUAAAGUAUGUAUGUUGUGAAAUGUAUGUGUACUAUUUGAUACAAAGAUAGUUUGCAUAAUUCCUUUGGAGCCUAUAGAUAUAUCUGGUUGAUGCUCUUCAAUUUAAGUCAGUGACCAGAGAGAGAGAGUAAAAAUAAUGAUUUACUCAUUGAAAUAAUUAGAUAUUUCAUUCUCAUAGAUCUAGUGACCGAUUCAAUAAGGGUUUGUGGGACAUCUGGUGGUGAUAACUAUGAAUUGCCUCAGAUGUUAGUUAUAUAUCAGUGAAUAUCACCAGUGUACUGUACGACCACUACCACCUACUGUAUAACAGAUUCAGAACAAGCACAGUGUGUUUUGGUUGGCAGGACAGAAAAGCUCAUUGUUGUCUUGGCGACAAUAAGUGCUGGUUUGAGUAAGAGGGGGUGGUGUGAAGCUCACAUGAGUGGCAACACCAAAUCAAUUCAACAGGUGUAUGCUCAAGGCAAGUAGAUGGGGUAUUGUGAAGGAACAACGGUUCAAGGGGCAUGUAGGACACCUGACCUAAUGCUGACGAGGACGUUAUCUUACUCUUCUUUCACAUUGUGGAGACAAGCCUUUGUCUGCUCCAUAUGUUCCAUAGCUGUCAGAGGACCUUUGGUUAAUACCAUCCAACCAAUGAGAAACAUAAUCUGAUAAACCCAUUUUAUGUGGAAUUUUAUCAGAAAUCUACAAUUUACAAUACUCUAAUCUACAAAUCAACUCACCGGAGCUAAUGAUUGCAUCCAUCUCAAAUUUGUGUCCUGGGAUAAUGCAGAUGUGGGUUCAAGUAUUGACUAUUUUGACAUACAAAAUAAAAACACAGCUAUUCUUAUGCUUAUGUAUUGGGUCAAUGAGACAUUAACUUAGACAUUACAUAUCCACCUCACUGGAUAAUGAAGUGAUGACAUAACAAUGAGCAAAGCACUUUUGUGUCAUGAGAAGAGUGGAAAAAAGUAUUGCGUGUAAGCCAUUCAUUUUGCAUCAGAAUUUGAGUUCAGACUUUAUUUGGGGCAUUUGCUAAUGGUUUUAGUGUUGCUGAGGUAUGGAGUGGUCCACAGUAUGGCCCUGGCUUGUAUCUGUCACAGACAUGGUGAAAUAUGUCAGUCAUGAACAUUGCUUUGAAUAAAGGCAUCCACAUAAUAUGGGUCAGUAGACUGUGAAUAUGACAUUUCUAUAAAGUUGCACUUGUGCUCCGGCGAUGUUAGAGGAUAAGAUACUGCUAAUUGACUCAUCAUUGAUUUUACAAAGCUGCAGACCAAAAUCUAUCCCCCUUCCCCCUUGUGCCAAACUGCCUAACCCAUUCUAGAGAGGACAACAGUCUGACUUAGUAAGAGAGGGCUUGUGGUCUGACUAGAGAAUGACCAGGAUGGGUUCCGAGAUGCCACUGUGAAAAGGCGAGUGGCAUGGUUCUAGUGUUGUACUUACCAUAGCUGCUUAGCUAGCUACAACCCUCUCUAUGCUUGUUCAUAGCCUUAUUGCAGCGCUGCCAGUCCUAAUGAUGAUGGGGACUGUCUUUUUCUGUUGGUUUUAUUUCCUUUAGUGGAGCUGGUUUUGCCCUUUUGACCUUACGUGGCAAGGUCAGGAGCAUAGAACACCUAAAAAUCCAAUAUUUUGCAUUCUUUUCUCCAAAUUGUAGCGGGAGCAAGGCAACAUUUCAGUCCAGAAGAACAAGGCUUGGGACCAGAGGGGUGGAUUCUAAAGGUUUAGUAGAAUUGGCAGUAUUUUAGAUGCUCAAAAACCUCACAGCGGCUUCGAAAUGGCUAUUUACAUUCUUAAUGUUAUCAACUGGAAUGAUUGGUGAAUUUGCCUUUCUAAAGCCUGCGUGCUUAUAAUAUGAGAUGUAUUACGUAAGUCUAAUUCACUUAUUUUGUCCCAACUUCAGACAAAUUCCGCUCUUCAAAGGAUCGAACACUGUUUAAAGCACUUUGUACAUAGGGAGAUGAAUAUAUUCAAAGAUUGAUAUUUGAGUAUUAUGUGAGAUAUUUAUCAAAAAUGCACAUUAACUCAUAGGGCUUGAGUUGUCGUUGUUGUGGCUUCUGUCAGCCAAACGUAUCAUGUCUUCUCUAAGAGAAAGUAUCCAAUAGAAGUGCUAAUAAUUGUGAAGUGUGAGAGAAUUACAAAACUGCUUUUUCUGGUGGAUGCAAGUUUCUUUUAGCACAAAGACAGGCAUUGUUCUUCCUUGUUCAAAUCUUAAGGCUUUUUUUGUAUUGAGUCAUUCUGCUUCCAUGAGAGGAACAGCAGCUGGUGUUGAGGGGUAGAAGGUUGGCUCAUUCUAGGGAUGAUAAGUGGCAGAAAGCAGGCCAUUUGAAUAUUGCUUUGUUUGCUAAUGGAAGCCACCUGCUGUGCCUCAGGUGGCAAAACAGGUACAUGUCAGCACCACAGGUGUGGGUUUGCCCUCCACCCUGAAAACAAAAAUAGCAUUUCAGGACAGACUAAAGAAACAGAUUUGCGCUUGCACACAUUUGACAGUUUCAUAUGGCAUUUAAGUUGAGAACAUAAGAACAGUAUGAAGAGGUGAUUGUCUUUGAUGUGGUUGGUGGAACAAGAGAAUUCAAAGUUCUCAUAAUCCUUUUAAUGAACAGGAAGUUGGACUUCAAAUACACUAAAACAAUGUAGAUGAUAUGAACAUGAAUUCGAUCACAUCAAAUAUGCAAAGUGUCACCUGUACAUAUUACUAACAGGUUACACACCUGACCUAAAAAUAGGAGGAUCCUUUUUUCUUAACUAUGAAAAUGAGUAGUAACUGAACAUUCUUGUCUGUGUGUGCGUAUGCAUGUGUGUGUGAAUCACGAAGUGCAGUGUUCUGCCAUCGUGUGCGUUUUGACCUUUUGUCAACUCUUUCUGCGCAGUGAUCCAUGUAGAAAAGGUGAUCAAGAGGCUCCAUAAUUGGGCCCUAGUUUGCCAAGUGAGGGCCAGCAAAACACUACUAAGCUCUGUGUGUCCCAAAUGCACCCAUGCUACGUGCUCUAGCAGCCAAAAAUGCAUUCCGUAUGUCAGAACAUGCAUCUGCAGAUCCUUAGCCAAGAAUUAUUUGCCAUUUUAUUUAGUCAACUCUCCUUUGUUUUUGUAAAGAACCAAAAAAUGGACUCCUGCUAACAAGAGCUAGAAACAAUAUUGAUUGAGAAGGUCAUUAACCUAGAACGAGAAAUAAAUGUGCCUGUACAUAUGCAAACCGUACGUAUUGCUACAGGAAGAUGGGGCACAGAGUAACAGAUCAAGGUGACGUCACAAUGAUGGCAAAGUAUUCCCUUUAAUUAUUUAGUAGAGGAGAUCAACUACUGUUCAUGAUCUGAGUGCACCAUAAUCCUAUGUAAAUACAGCGGAUUGUGUGUGUGUGUGUGUGACGGUAUGAAUAUUUAAGUAGGUUAUGGUGUCAAUGCUUUUCUGAUUCAGUUAAUCCAAUCUCUGUAAACACAUUAUAGGUUUUAUUUCUCUUCAGAGGGAGAACAUGCUGCCUGCCUGUUUGUCAUUGUGGUCCGAGUGAGAAAGUAUGCACACGUACAUGCAUGUGUUGCUAUUAUAUUUAACAGAAUUAAUCGCCAUUCUGUUGAAUGAUUAUGGUGAAUUCUGGAAAGAAUCUGAUAUUGAGGACUUUCCGAUAUUGAGGACGUUCCAAUUGUUUAACAUGUGACCAAAGUAAACAUUGUUUGAUCUCACCUUUCUUUCUGUACUUUCUUUUCUAGAGAUGCUUGAAUAUUUUCUCUCAAUGCCAAGAAGCUGAGGUUUAUUUUUGUACAUUGUUUCAUGCAAAUGUAUAGGUCCUUCUCCACUACAGAAUCUAGAAUAAAGGGAUUCUAUAGUAUACUGUCACAGAUUAUUGUAUUUUUAUUUAAGAUAAUAAAUCAUGUAUUUAAUGUCUGAAGCAUGCCAUAUAUAAAUGCAUAUAAAUAUAAAAUAUAUACAGUCCUAUGUGAUUUCUUUGUACAUAAUGUUAACAUUAUGUUUGUAAGCCAAGGCAUUGUUUUGAAUAUCUGGAGCAUAUCUUAUAUUUUUGUUUAUAUUUUAGCAUGAAGAAAACUGCUACAUAGUUUCAGGAUACCUUGUUUUAUAAUUUAGGAAAAGGACUAACCAUGAGCACUUUUGCUGUUUGUCUGCCAGAAUUGUACUCCUUAAAAUUGAGUGUGCGAUGGUUUAUUAUUUCAUUUGAGAUGCUGCUAUGACUAGUUGAGCAGAAAAGCUGUAUUUUUAAUUAACCUUCAGCCAAGUAGCAAUAAAAAUUUAUACUGU